AUGUCGACCAGGUCAAGUCAUCAUCUUGUCAUCUUUGCCUUGGCGCUGCUAGCUGCUAGAAGUGGCGCCCAACCGGUGAAAAAAGGAGUGGAAAUGGAGCUGCUAAGUGGAAAGGAAACAGAAGCAACAACCACUGAGCGACCCCAUCUCGUCAUCGAGGAGUUGGAACCGAUGAGGUAUCACUUUGUCACCGAGCAUCGACCCACUUCUAUGGGGCAGAACUACUAUCUAAAACCCGGGCAGUUGGUGGGAAGCGUAGUCCUGGACUCGGACAGCCUGCAGGUGCGACACGAACAGGACGAUGGCAAACCGGUGGCCAGCAAGCACAACAUCCUCUAUGUGGCCUAUGCCAAGGAUCUGGUCGAAGGACCAGGCGUUAAUAAUAUUACGGUUACUAAUAAUAAUAACGUGUGGGCUCGAGUCUACGGAGGCAUCAGUUCCAAGUUCCCAACGAGCUGGAACAGCAGCUAUCCAACGCUUGAGAACCAAGAAUCCAUUAAGAUGCGCUCCUUUGCAGUUGUGAUCUUCACCCUGGCCUCUGUGGUUUUGGGCACUCCGCUUAGUAACUCCUAUCUGCCCCCGAAAGUGGGCGCCCAAAGUGGCUACAACGCGGCGGCCUCCAGUUCCUUGGGAUCGUAUGCAGCUCCUUCGGGAGCCUCCUUUGCCCGCAGGACUCACUCGGUGGUUUCAGCUGCAGCUCCUUCCAGGCAGUACUUAGCUCCAGCUGCUUCCGCAUCCCAUGGAUCCUACUCCUCACCAUCCGUAUCCCAUGGAUCUUACUCUGCUCCAUCUGUAUCCCAUGGAUCCUACUCCUCACCAUCCGUUUCUCAUGGAUCUUACGCCUCACCAUCUGUUUCUCAUGGAUCCUACGCCUCACCAUCUGCAUCCCAUGGAUCUUACUCCUCACCUUCUGUAUCUCAUGGAUCUUACUCCUCACCAUCUGCAUCCCAUGGAUCUUACGCCUCAACAUCUGUAUCCCAUGGAUCCUACGCCUCUCCAGCUGUUUCUGCAUCCCAUGGAUCCUACUCCUCUGCCUCCCACACCAGUUACUCCGCUCCGGUGGCCGCUCCCUCCAGGAAGUAUUUAGCUCCGGCAGCCUCAUCCCAUAGCAGUUACUCCGCUCCCGUGGCCACCGCCCACAAGAGCUAUGCUGCAGUUGCUCCAGCCGUUGCCCAUGGAGGUUCAUCUCAUUCCCAAGGCUCCUACGCUGCUCCAUCGGCUUCUUAUAGCUCCUAUUCCGCUCCAGUUGCAGCUCCUUCCAGGCAAUAUUUGGCCCCCGCUGCCUCGCAAAGGAGUUACAGCUCCGUGGGAUCUGCAGCCUCAUCCUCCCAUGGCACAUAUGCCGCUCCAGCUGCCGUCUCCCAUGUGAGUUUCUCCAAUGGCUCGAGCCAGGGAUCUAGCCAUGGAUCUGGCCACGUCGUUCUCCAAGGAUCUGGUCUGCGAUCUGGCCACAAAUCGGGCUCCUACGCUUCCAACGGCGGCUAUGAGUACCGCCUGAGGCAUUGA